GGGAGGCCGGCUGCCGCUCAGCCUCGGUCCAAUGAGAGCGACGGGGUCCGGGCUCGCAUCGAGAGUUGGGUUGUUCAAUCUGAGUGAGGACAACAAGCAGAUUUUUUUUUCUUCCUCUUCGGUGUGCCGGAUGGAUGCGUUCUGGCGAUGAAUGUUCCAGUGGGUGCUGCUGACGACGGUGGAUAUGGAUGAAACAGAAAGUUGCUGUUCUCUUUGAACUUAGUUUUCCCUGAAAUCUGACCAAGCCAAUUAUUUGUACAAAUGACUUGCUGCUCAGCCAGAGGACGUGCGUCCUACCACUGAGGGCCCCCCCAUGUGUAUGCGCAGAGAUGGAGCGCUGUAAGCACGUGGUGCGCCUUCGCCUGGGCCAUGACCACUCCAUCCUCAAUCCACAGAAAUGGCACUGCGUGGACUGCAGCACCACAGAUUCGGUGUGGGCCUGCCUCAAGUGCUCCCAUGUGGCCUGCGGGCGCUUCAUGGAGGAGCACUCGCUCAAACACUUUCAGGAGUCCCACCACCCGCUGGCCAUGGAGGUGCGGGAGCUGGACGUCUUCUGCUUUGCUUGCGGAGACUAUGUACUCAAUGACAACGCGGAGGGAGACCUCAAGCUCCUCCGAGGGGCCCUCUCCACCGUCCGCAGCCCGGGUACGCGCUCGCUGCGUUCCUCAGCCUGGCGGGCGUACGCCCACCGGGGCGGGGAGUGCGGGCCGCAGCCUCCCAUGCAGCUGGCCUUGCGUCAUAGGAGGAAAACCCUCCUUGCCAAGAUGCUUCAGAGGUGGACGAGCAGACAUCAAGAGCUGCAGGCGGAGCGCCGAGAGAAGCUGGAGGAGGCGAGAAGACAAAAGAAAGAGGUGAAAAGGAGAUUGUUAGAAGAGCUGGUCAACGUCCCUCCCAGAAAGAGCGCUCGGCUUCUCACUCAGGCGCCACGUCCGACCAUCGCACUCAUUCCUUGCAAGUUUCGAGACCCUCCGGAACGCCUACCUCCUCCUCCCAAGAAGCCUUCCCUCCUCACCUUGUCGCGAAAGCCGCCUCCAAACGGCAGGGCCGCGAAAUUGAGGCGCUACUACUCGGCCCACUCGGCUACCCGCCGACGGCUCGCCCCGGGAGUCACCGGUCUGCGCAACCUGGGGAACACAUGCUACAUGAACUCCAUCUUGCAAGUGCUGAGUCACCUGCAGAAAUUCAGGGAGUGUUUUCUCACUUUGGACCUGUGUGAGACGGAGGAGCUGCUGGCCAAGACCAACCACUCACAAGGGGUGAAGGCGGUAGCUGGAAGCGUGGUUGGCAGCGGAAACAUGCCGCUGACCUCACACCCGCUGGGACGCGUUGGAAAUCUGGCAGUGGGCAAAAAGGAAAGCACCCCGCCCGCCCCGCAGACUGCUGAGUUGGUCCAGCCCAAGGAGACGCGUUGCUCCACCCGCCAGCGGAUGUCUCUGUGCCACGAGUUGCAUACGCUUUUUAGAGUCAUGUGGUCGGGCCGCUGGUCUUUGGUGUCUCCUUUCGCCAUGCUGCACUCGGUGUGGAACCUCAUCCCAGCUUUCCGCGGCUACGACCAGCAGGACGCCCAGGAGUUCCUGUGCGAGCUGCUGGACAAGGUGCAGCAGGAGCUGGACACGGAGGCCUCCAAGCGGCGCAUCGUCAUCCCCAUCACCAAGAGGAAGCUCUCCAAACAAGUGCUGAAGGUGCUGAACACCAUCUUUCACGGGCAGCUACUCAGCCAGGUGACGUGCCUGUCCUGCAAGCACAAGUCAAACACAGUGGAGCCAUUCUGGGAUUUGUCUUUGGAGUUUCCCGAGCGCUAUCACAGCGUCAACAAAAGCUCGGGCUCCACAGCCUACCAGCGCAGUUGCACUCUCACCGAAAUGCUGUCCAAAUUCACCGAGAUGGAAGCGCUCGAAGGGAGCAUUUAUGCCUGCAACCACUGCAACAAGAGAAGAAGGAAAACAUCCCACAAGCCUUUAGUUCUUUCAGAAGCCCAUAAGCAGCUUCUGAUCUACCGUUUACCUCAGGUUCUACGGCUGCACCUCAAGCGCUUCCGGUGGUCGGGGAGGAACCAUCGAGAGAAAAUCGGCGUCCACGUGGCCUUCGACCAGGUUCUGAACAUCAAACCCUACUGCUGCACGGGCUCAGGUCACUCUGUCCACAGAGGAGGCUACACUUAUGACCUGUCGGCCGUGGUCAUGCACCACGGCAAAGGCUUUGGCUCAGGGCACUACACCGCAUACUGCUACAACACCGAAGGAGGUUUCUGGGUCCACUGCAAUGACUCUGAGAUGAAGGUUUGCAGUGUGGAGGAAGUGUGCAACACUCAGGCCUACAUUCUCUUCUACACACAGAGGUCUGCUUAGGGACUUCUCGCUGUGAGCCUGAGCUGCAUUUAUGAAAUCGUUUCACACUCUUGGAAGUAGCAAUAGGAGCAAAUACAUUUUUCUUUCUGCGUUUUGAUUUAGAUCACCAAUAAAGGGCUACAUGGCGAAUUAAAAUACAAGAAUCAAUCUAAUGGUCCAUUCUAGUAGUCCUUCAUAAUAACAUUAAAUUUGUGUUCUGCUUUUGUGACACAGAGACAUGAAUCAAUCAUUUUGGUAAUUUUAGCGGUCAGAACAAUAGUUAGUACUUGGCGCAAGUAGUAAUUAGCCACUUGUGUUUUAAAUCUCAUUUUCACGCGCCCGCAAAGAAACGUUUUCAUAAAUGAAGCUACAGGUCGGUCCGCCGAUGGGACCAGCAGACUGUGCGCGCAGGUUCGAUUACGUCCUGCUGAAUAUCAUGUGGUGUGCUCUCAUUCAAGAAUUUCAAUGAUAAAAAAAAUAGCUCAUUUGUUUUGAGUGUGGAAACCAAGCUGGCACACGUUCCUGAAACUACGUUUUAAAAUGAUUACAGGACAACAUAGAUUCUGCAUUUUGGGACUUUGUUUUAUCCCUAGAGCUGUUUUAUUUUGUAGCUUUACGUACGAUGAGAGGGGGUUCAACUCUUCCCGAAAUGGCCCGGUUUACUUGAAAGAAGUUUCCAAUAAGUCCAGAUUGUUUUGCUUCUGGUUCAGCUUUUUCUUUUAGAUUUUUUUGUUUUGUUUAUUGUAAAAUGUCACUUUUCCAACGUACAUCUUAUUGUCUCCAGAUUUGUAUGUUCUCUCGGCGAGUUCGCUUGAGUUCAUUCUUUGUUCGGCUGCCACGAAAGGACACUUGACUGAGAAGUGAAGGAGACAUUUUUUGGGGGCGGUGGGGGGUGUUUCUCUUCUAGCUGUGAUUGUUUUUGGGUUUUUUUUGCUCGUGUAUUGUUACUACAUGGCAGCACCCAACCCUCUUUGAGUUUUUGUGUAGACGAGGCCGGCGAUGGGGGGGAGGGAAAAAAGCCACUGCAGAAGUGAUGAAUGUUUGCUUUUAUUCUUUUUAAGAGACAUUUGGUACCUUACUUUUUAGCACCUGAAAGCAAUAUAUUGUAAAUCUUAAACCUCGACAGGAAUUUAAGAUCAAAUCAGGAAUUUUUUUUUCUACUCUGCUGUUUCUAUCAAAGUCUUUAGAAUUUGCUAGCUAAUCGAAAAGAAACUUGUGUUUGAUACGAGUCAAAUCCACACAACAACCAUUUGUCAACCCUAAGUCAAAAACAAUCUUAAUGACGAUGAAUGUCCUACUGCUUAGAGGUCAGGUGAGUUCUGUUGUGUGCUGUAAGAAUACAUGUCAUCAAUGUAAUGGUCAUAUGAGUUUGCCUGACAGUUAUUAAAAACAUUAAGCAAU